AUGGCCGCAGCAGGGGAGCCGCUCUGCUCGACAUGCCGCAGUGUCGACUGGAUGGACGCCGGGCUGCCCCGAGUCGUCCACACCGACGCGCCAGAGCUGUUUACCACCAGCACCGAAGUGCGGCUCCUGGACGGAACCGUCGCGCCCGCUGCGGCCGCCAGGCUAGUCGAGUCGGCGCUGUUCCUGGUUUCCCUGGGGACGGUGCAAGAGCUGCGGGCCCGGAGUGCGCAAUGUCCCUGUUGCGCUUUCUGCCACCAGCUGCUUGAGCGCCGCUUUGAGGCCGCGGAUAUUGACAGGGCUGCUGGCGAGAGGGUUCCCGUGCACGUCUACACGCGCAAGUAUGGCGCUGUUGUUGUCGGGGACCGCCAUGGGAGAGAUGGACAAGAACAAGAGGGACAAGGAGAAGGCAGCCCCCGCGCGACGCACUUGAUGUGCUUCAGUCUCUCGUUCCAUCCGCAUUUCCACCACGGCGAGAGCGCGUCCUUUGCGUUGUUGGGUCGUCGCCAGCAGAUGCGUGGGAAGGAGACCGUGCCGUCCUUCGUCGGGCGCUUGGUGUCGCCGCGCUUUGAUCUAGCGCAGGUCAGGGGCUGGCUUGAGACUUGCGAGCUGCAGCAUUCCCCCGCGCGCACGGCCGAGAGUUUCCUCUCGCGCAGCGGCAAGACGACGGAGCUGCGAGUGGUGGACGUGUCGCAGCGGUGCCUCAAGACGCUCAGCAUCCAAGACAUCGACGGCGGGUACGCCGCGUUGAGCUACGUCUGGGGCGUCGCGGAGCAGGAUGUCCGCCUGACGACGGCGAAUCUGGCCGCGUACUCGAGACCCGGGGGCAUCCCCAGGCUGUCCCAGACGGUCGAGGAUGCGAUGCAGGUGGCGCGGGCGGUGGGCAUCCGGUACUUCUGGGCGAACGUCAUCUCGAUCCUCCAGGACGACGACGAGGACAAGGCCCAGAACAUCUUCGACAUGGACGUCAUCUACACGUACUCGCGCCUGACCGUCGCCGCGGUGGCGGGCACGAACUGCCACGAGGGCCUGCCCGGCGUCAGCUCCGACCGGCUCCCUCUGCUCCACACCAGCACCGCGCAGUUUGGUCUGGUCGAGAUCCCGCACCAGCCAGAACGAUCCCCUGCGUCGCUGUCCGCGAGCGGUGGCGGAUGGCCCAGCCGCGCCUGGACGCUCCAGGAGUUCCUCCUGUCCAGACAGACCUUGCUCUUCUGCGACCAGCAGGUCAUCUGGGUGUGCCGGGCGGCCGACUGGGCCGAAGGGCUGGACGUGGCCGAGGAGAGGUUCCGGUUCGCAAAGUACGACGGCCUGAACCGGCCUCGGCUCGAGUCCUCCCUCUUCGCGGAAGAACAGAGCAGCGACGCAAUAGGGGUCAUAGACGAUGGCUCUGCUGCCCAUCCCGGCCUUGAGGAGCAGCAGCCGCGCCCGGCGGACCUCUCGGACGCCGCCACCCUGGUCGAAUGCUACACCAGACGCAAGCUGUCAUACGAGAGCGACAUCAAGAACGCGCUCGAGGGACUCAUGUGGUAUAUCUCGUCUAUGACCCCCGGGUCGUCCUUCGUCUGGGGUCUGCCGGAGCCGCACUUCGAGGCCUUCCUCUGCUGGGGCGUGCGUGGCGGACCCUCCGCGACCCGCGGGGUGGUGAAGCGCCGGCGGGCCUUUGCUGAGGCCCCCUCGUGGUCGUGGAUGGCGUGGCUGGGCCAGGUCGUCUUCCCGCGCUUUGCCUCACGCGCCGCCCACGGCCACGGCUGGAGAUCCUGCGUCAAGUGCUUCCGGUACCCGACCUACCUCCACCGGCAGGGCCGGGCGUGGAACGACAUCCCCAGCGGGUACGACGCGGGCGCCACGGUCCUGGCCCGCCCCUACGACAUGUGGACAAGCGGCCUCCCGCUGCGAGACGAGUCGGCCGGCCUCGUGUUCUGGGCGCUGUGCGCGAGCGCGCUCGUCGAUGCGGCGUCCCUCGAGAUCCACUACGAACGACACGCGUCGAGCAUCCGCGUCCCAGCCCGGCAGAAGAGGCUGCGGGUCCAGGACCUGUGCGUCUCCGAGGACGUGGCGGAGAGGAUCGCCCAGGCUGGCCACGACGCGGCGUCGGUCGCUGUGAUUCUCGUCGCGGUGGCCGUGGAGGGCGCGAGGCUGCCUAGCAGUCAAGACAUCCUCGCGGCAUCAGACCGGAACUCUCAACUGAAAGACGAGGAAAGGGGAGAGAGUGAUGAGGACCCUCCCGGUGUGGUCUUUGAGAUCUGGGAUCGCGCCGUGCACUGCUUGGUGCUUUCGCGCGGUGACGAAGACGGCCAUUUCUGCCGCGAGGGCACGCUCUCGAUCAAGAUGGACGACUGGCUUCGGCUCGAGAAGGAGAGGGAGCUCGUCGUGCUGGAUUGACCCGAGUGUUCAUAAUCAUCCUGCUGGAUGUAUCGUGGUAUUUUCUCGCUUUUGCUUGCUGGGGGAAGGGAGUCAAGCGAGAGACAUG